CCAAGCUCGAGAUACCAAUGUACCUGUUAAAAUUUUACUUUCUAGUUCCACCACAGUUAAAUUCUGGACUCAAGAAUCGUUCAGUUACAUUGAACUCCACAUUUACAACACCUUGUUUUGUAAAGGGCAGUCCUCCAGUAUCUGUCAACUGGACCAAAAAUGGAGAAGCUCUUGGCAACAACAACACGUUAUUUAUUAACCACGUGACUUUUGAUGAUGAAGGUUUCUAUGAAUGUGUCUCCGAAAAUCUGGCUGGAAAAGCUAACUCAUCCUUCUGGAUUGAUGUUACUGUGUCUCCUUGGAUUUUAUUGUCUCCGGUAAACCAAUUUGUUACUGAUGGAGACCCGGUCAACUUUACUUGCAGUGCUUCAGGUGUUCCAACACCAAAAGUAACAUGGACAUUUAAUAGCUGUAAACUCCAAUCAGGUAUUAUUAAAAAAAAUUUUGAUCGAGACUUAUUCGUGGAAUCAUUCCUGGAAACGCCACGAACAACAAAGGAAAUGGAAGGAACAUACAAGUGCACAGCAGAAAACAAAGCAAAUACAACAAGUUCUUCUGCAACACUUCAAGUUUUUGGAAAACCAACUGCGGAAUUGAGCCCAAAACCAUAUCCAACCCUCACUUCAGGUGAUAAGCUUAGGUUAAUUUGCAUUGUCAACAAAGCAACAGUAAAUAUCACUUGGAAAAAAGAUGGAGACCAAAUAAAGAAGAGAGCCAACAUCUUUAUGCAAUCGGAUGAGAAAAAAGGUUACCUGCAUAUUGCAAAGGUUGUGGAGGAGGACAGUGGUGUAUAUUCCUGUGAAGCUCGUAACAGACUAGGAAAUGUGGCCCGCUCCAAUGUGACAAUAAAUGUCAACCGUAAGCUGGCAUUAUUGUAGUGUCCUAGAAACAAUCUAUUAUUUAACAGCAAAGAAUAUUUCAACUUAAAUGUAACCUGAAAGUUUUGCAUUGUUUUAAUCAUGCUGUUGGCUGCUUUUUUUUUUUUUACUGUUGUUGUUGUUAUUUAUUUUUAUGGUAAGUAUGAGUUUCGAAUGAAGAU